AUGCCAGACACAAAGAUGACUGUGUCAUAUAACACUGUGUGUCUUGUUCCAUAUGCCAAACACAAAGAUGUCCGUGUAAUGAUUGAUGCAGAGCAGACAUAUUUCCAGCCAGCGAUCUCACGAUUCACCAUGGAGAUGAUGAGAAAAUACAACACUGAGAAGGCAAUCAUAUUUAACACAUACCAGUGCUACUUGAAGGAGGCUUACAACAAUAUAAUUGUGGACUUCAAUCUAUCACAACGUGAAGAUUUCUACUUCGGUUGCAAGUUGGUCCGAGGGGCCUACAUGGAGCAGGAAAGUCAGCGUGCAGAGAUGAUUGGGUAUGAAGACCCAAUCAACCCUGGCUAUGAUGCAACAACAGCAAUGUAUGAGAAAGUCCUGACAGAAGGAAUGGAUCAAAUAGUACAGCGAGAGAGGGGAAGGAUUGCUCUAAUGGUAGCAAGUCACAAUGAAGACACUGUGCGAUUUACUGUACAAAAGAUGAAAGAUUAUGGUAUUCAUCCAGAUGAUAAAGUUAUAUGUUUUGGACAACUACUCGGCAUGUGUGAUCAGAUCAGCUUCCCACUGGGACAAGCUGGUUUCUCAGUGUACAAGUACGUCCCUUAUGGCCCUGUUGAGGAAGUGAUGCCGUACCUUUCCCGAAGAGCGCAAGAGAACAGUGGCGUCAUCAGCAGCAAGGUCCAGAAAGAACGAGACCUUUUAUGGGAUGAAUUCACGCGCAGACGCAAAUCAGGAGAACUCCGAGUAAAACCUGAGGCACGCUUGGUUGCACAAAUGUGAUUUGUCCCUUUUGUACAUAUUUGGAGAAUAACAUAAAAGGGACACAUGGAAAGUCAGAAGAAAUUCUAUCUUCUAGUCACCAUGGUUUCAGAGAAAUUUGUAUUUACAAAAUGGAUAUGUUAAAAGUCUAAAAUUGGAGGAUUCCCGAGUUUCAAAC